AUGGCGACAACGAAUAAAACUAGUGCAAUAUAUAGAAUAAUUAUGGUAGGAAGCGGUGGUGUGGGCAAAUCGGCAUUAACACUUCAAUAUAUGUACGAUGAGUUCGUCGUUGAUUAUGAACCAACGAAGGCUGAUUCUUAUCGAAAAACAGUCAUGUUAGAUGGUGAAGAAGUUCAAAUUGAUAUAUUAGAUACUGCUGGUCAAGAAGACUACGCCGGUAUUCGUGAUACGUACAUUCGAACAGGUGAAGGUUUUCUUCUCGUUUUCGACGUCACCGACACUGAAUCAUUUGCUGAUUUAACUGCUCUUUAUGAUCAAAUCCUCCGUGUUAAAAGUGUUGGAACAGAUAUUCCAAUGAUAUUAGUCGGAAAUAAAAUCGAUCUCGCUGAUAAACGUGUAGUAACAACCAAUGAAGCGGAGAAGAAAGCGCAAGAAUGGACAAUUAAAUACAUUGAAACGUCCGCGAAAACCAGAUUGAAUGUUGAUAAAGUCUUCUGUGAAUUGAUGAGAACGGUUCGACCAACGAAGAAAACAUUGAAGGACACCGAGAAUGAAGCCAAUCGACAUCCGAUGAAUCCUGCGACAACACCAAAUGGCAAAGGUUGUUGUGUUCUUUUGUAA